UAGGCUGAGUUCAGAUGACAGGUCUGCGUGAGAGGGAGUGUCCAGCGCGCAGUGCAUUCAACACGAGCCUGACGCGCAUCCAGAGCAUUCAACCGCCCCACCGUCAGCGCACAUUUACGUGAACGUCCUCGUUGAAGAUGGUGUUUAUGGGGAAGGUCUGCUGCUUUUUGCUCUUCUGUGUUUUUGAAGCGAGCGUUGCGCGCCGGACCGAAGAAGCGGAGACCUUGGAGAAGAUUGAAAGCGCGCGCUGCGUCUCGCGAUGCCUGACGCUUCACAUCACGCAGAUCACCGCGUUAUUCAAACACCUGCAGAAUGACCGUGUGUUGGACUGGUGUGAGGACCACAGGAGAUGUUCACAGUGCCUACAACCAUGCAAGGAAUUAUGGGAAACAAGACGAGCCCUGUCUCCCAAGACCUGCGAGCAUCAUGAGUGUGUGACCAGUGCUGAGUUCCUGCGCUCGCUGCGGUCACAGAAGCAGGGCGACUGUCCUCCGCCCCAGCGGGCAUCCGGAUUCGCUGCAGCCUGUGUGGAGGGCUGUGGGGUCGACCACGAGUGCUCCGGCUUCAAGAAGUGCUGCUCAAACGACUGUGGACACACCUGCCAGUCCCCAGCCAACCUUUACAGAGGAGUGCCUUUGAAGCCAAGGAGAGACAUUUCCUUUUCCGAGGACCAGCACGGACAUCUGAAGGUGACGUGGAUGUCCAAGUUUAACGUCUCUGUUGAGCCAGUUCUGUAUGUUCUUCAGAGGAGGUGGAAUCAUGGGAUUCACCCCAGCGAGGACGACGCGUCGGUCUGGCAGACCGUUCUCAUGACCAUGGAGGACCGCUCCGUGUUGAAGGACAUCCGGCCCCACAGGUGGUACCAGUUUCGAGUUAGCGCAGUCAACAGUCAGGGCACGAGAGGCUUCACCACUCCCAGCAAGCAUUUCUUUUCUGUACGAGAUCCGUUUCCCCCAGAGACCCCACAGAAUGCCAGAAUAGGGAACCAGACAGUUCACUCUGAUGGCACAGUGAGUGUUCUGGUCCUGUGGGAGGCCCCUGGGGAAAGUGACUUGGUGGUCCACCAUUACAAGGUGACCUGGAGCACUCGAGGAACACCCCCAACCAGCCAGAGCCGGGCUGGACGGGUCACAGAUGGGGAUGUAACACAGAUGGAGCUUCAGGGUCUACAGCCCAACACACACUACUCUGCACAGAUUCAGGCCGUCUCUUACUGGGGUCAGAAUCGGCUCAAGAGCAGCCGAGCUCACCUCUCCUUCAUCACCGCUGCAGCCACCACGUCCUCAAAUGGGAAUGUCCACCUUUCCGGAGAGUUCUCCAAUGAGAUUCCCGUAUCCCAUUCCUCUCCCAGUAUCCUGAGGCUGGAAGCGGCCGCCCCUCAUUAUCACGACAACCAGCUGCAGGUCAAGGUCUUCUGGAAGAGCCGAAUCACAGAAAGCCAGAAGGAUUCCAGUUCAUAUAUUCUGAGAUGGUUUCCUGAAGUUUGUGCCCAUAACGUGACGAAAGGCGAGAAAACAGCCACAGUUCAGGGAACACAUUUUGUGAUUACUGGCCUGCUGUUUGCCUGUAAGUACCGUGUGGCAGUGAAGCCCGUUAUGGGACAAGAGCAGAGGUCAGAGGUCAUGACCUCUGUUACCACCCCACUUUGCUCAUCGCUGAUGGGCCGACGGAAAAAACCUGCAGCCUGUGCAAGAGAUGAGCGCCCUCCUCAGGUGAAGAAAGCCCUGCAGCGGCCGGAGAAGCUGGCAGCGCGGUUUCAGCCGGUAAACGGCUCGGUGCAGGCCGUGUUCAGCUGGCAGGUGUCGCCGGAGAGCGCAGGACAGACGCCCAUCACUGGGUUCCAGCUCUCCUGGGUCAAAGUGUCCCGCAGCAGCACCAACGGCACGCUCGUCUCCCAAACACACAUCCUGCCCCCCGAUCAGCGCUCUCUGACUGUAGGUGCGCUGCAGCCCCAGAGCGAGUACAGAGUCCAGGUGCAGGUCCUGUCUGGAGCAGGACACGGACCCUCGGUGUCUAAGACCCUCCACACUCCUCACGUGAACGGCACACUCCACUGAGAUGGAGGAAAGAAGUGAGGAAUCAAGCUACUCAUAUAUGAUACAGUGCUUGUGUUGCUCCUCAUUUGGACAGGUGUGUCUGUUAAAGGACUAAAUGUAAAGCACUCCUCAUCAUCAGAGAGACAGUGUCUGCUGUUAUGGAGUUGGUGUAGUGGGACGAGAGCACUGGCACCAGACCAGCGUGAUCACAGAAGAAAACAACACCGAAGUGAAGGCUUUAGAUCGGUGUACUGUAAUAUAGGAAUGUUGAAUAACCAAAUUAUGCUUUUGUUAUGUAAAAAUGAGUAGCACUGAUGUAUUUAGUAUGUAGUUGCAUAUAGUUAUGCGCCACAUUAUUUUAUUAGCAUUUGUUUUUCAUACAGAACUUUAAUGUGCUUUUACUCAAUGGGCCUCGUUCAUGAAACACAAGCAGUAUGAAUGUCUUAAAAGCUUGUGAAACCCCACAUACUAUUGUAAUUUAUAGUAAACCAUACUAUAGUAAAGUGUAAUAUACUGUAUAUAUUAUAGUAUUUACAACACUUUGUAAAUGAAUGCUACAGCAUACUGUAGUGAACUGAUAAACAGUAAUAAUUACUGUAGUGUACUUCAGUUUUUACUACCGUAAACUGUAAUGUAUUGUAGUAUAAUAAACCUUAAAGUUGUAAGAAACUAUUGGGUAAAGUAAUUUGUUUAUAUUACUAUAGUUUUUAUGUUACCACAGCAACUAUAGAGUAAAGUACUUUACUAUAGUAUGGUUCAAAAACACUAUAAAUCACUAUAGUAUUUUUUCAUUCUUGGGUACUUUUAUUAAUCUAGAAGACACUUUUUUUCCAGAAAUGCAUACAUCAACAUCAUAUAUAUUUUAAGCAUGUUUCUUCCUUGUGAAUCAAACUCAUGAUCAGCAAAGUUCACUUUGUGAACAAUUUACGCAGAAAUUCGUUCCGCUCGUGUUUCAUGAAUAAUGCCUAAUAUAAAUGUUUUUAACUGAACAAGUAAUGUAAUAUAUUAAAUUUCAACACUACAUCUCUAACCUGGUUAUCAACCCUGUCUGGAAUUAAUCUCAGAUAACAUCAUUUGAACAGGGUUAUUUCUGAACCACAGCAUGUCUGAUUUUAUUUAUUGUGAAUGUACUUCAUUAAUCUCAAGCAGAAGGAGUGUAAGUCAGUGCCUUAUACUGUAUCAGUUAUAUCAGGCUAGAUCAGACUGAUUCACUGCAUCGUGUGUCUCUGUUUUAACUGUCCGUCUGUCUUUACAAAUCACUCACAGCAUACAAACAACAAAUGAGCUGGGAUACUGCUGCUUUAAUUAGCCACAUGUUUUCAUGAAACGAUUUUGAAAGAUGUAUCUUUGUACAAUACAGCAUACAGUUUUUGUAAAUAUUGAAUUUGAUGUAUUAUCUAUGGUUUGUUGUCAUUACUAAUACACUAGGCUAAAUGAAGCUCCACA